AUGAACUGUGUGGAAACUGUCUCUUACUCGUUUCUGUUGAAUGGAGAGCCCAGGGAUCUGCUGCACCCGGGUCGGGGUUUAAGGCAAGGGGACUCAAUCUCCCGCUACCUUUUCCUCCUCUGCGCUGAAGCCCUCUCUAGAUUAUCUUGGUCGCCGAGGAACAAAACAGAUUGCAUGGAGUUACUGGCUGAAGAGGAGGAAUGCCUUGAGUUGAGGGAGAUCUUACUGAGUUAUGCCAAGGCUUCGGGGCAACAAAUUAAUUUUGAGAAAAGCUGUGUCUCUUUUAGUAGGAAUGUUGAUUUGGUCUGGCAACUGGAGCUAGCUGAUUGCUUGGGAGUAGUUAGGGUGGACAAGCAUGAUAAAUACUUGGGUCUCCCUACUGAGUUGAGCUAUUCAAAAGACGAGGCUUUCCGUUUCUUAACUGAAAAGAUUGAGAAGAGGACACAAGGAUGGAGGGACAAGACACUUAGUGUGGCUGGCAAGGAGAUAAUGAUUAAGACAGUCCUACAAUCUAUUCCCAACUACGUGAUGAAAGUUUUCGAACUGCCUCGACAUCUUUGCCAUGCUAUGCAUCAGUUGAUGGCCAAGUUUUGGUGGGGUGACCAGGGAGAUGUGAAGAAAAUCCAUUGGCUUGCAUGGGAUAGACUUUGUUGUCCCAACAAUGAAGGGGGUUUAGGUUUCAGAAAUAUGGUCCAGUUCAACCAUGCACUAUUAGCCAAACAAGCAAGGAUGGAGAUUGAUUCAGAGACCUAA